AUGGCCCGUCACCCGCGCAAGCAACCCACCAAACUCGACAUCAACGACUCGCUGGCCCAGCUGUCCAUGAAGAAGCCAGACGCAGCUGACAAGUGCCGUGAGGAUCUGCUGGAAUCGAUCCACCGCACCAGCCGCAUUCUUUGCCACUUCGAGAAACACCUGGACACGGUUCAGCGCGCCGACUUGCGCAAACCUAUAAAGGCUCGUCUACUCGGGCACGCCAGUGAAUUGCUCAGCUUCGAGAGCACUGUAAGUCUGCGCAUCUCAUGCGAGAUUACUAAGCACAAAAGCACCGUCCAAUUUUCCUUAUUCUGGGCCGCCGGGAUACAGAAUUGUAAUCGCCCGCCAACAACCGACCGCCAAGUCAGCAAAGUCAUUGAAGCCCGGACCGAAGGUUGUCAAGAGAAGCAUCAAGAUCCUAAAACGACCCACAAUUAA